GUAUGUCAACCAAUGAUUUGACGCAACGGCUGAGGACACACCUCAGAUUAGUCAAAGAUGCCUCAAUACGACCAAAUUACCUCGUAUGUUCAAAUCAAACCGAAUUAACCUUGUGUUAGCGUGGUACGUAGAGGUGAAGACGUUAAACUGUAGAUCUCAAUCUAGUUGAAAUAUUGACUAGGCGCAAGCGCGUCACGAGCGCCUCGUUUUCACGGGGAAAUCAGGAAUGUCUCUUCCGGUUCCCAAGAGUGCGAAAAACAAAACGGAAGUUGAAUUGGUAAGGGUUUUAUUUCAGUUCCUAAAUCCGUAUACGUGUAUUUGCUGGUUUAAUAAGCCGUGCUUGUUGCUUUAUAUAUUUAUUUCAGUUGUUAUAUGGUUAUUGUUUAACUACUGGUGUGGAACUCGUUUACCCCUAGUAGCAUGAUCGGUUGCGAUGGUUACGUACAAAAAAAAAAAAAAAAAAAAAAAAAAAAAAAAAGGAGAAAAGAUGUACACACACACCACGGCAGUGAAUAGUGUCUGAACAGUAGUCGGGCUGUUUCGUGAGGUUGUAUGGCUUGCUGGUGUACUAUUUUAACACACAACGUCUUACUACGAUAAGCGGUUUUGGACAGUAUAUUUAUAUAGCCCUGCCCUUUUGGCCAGCGCGAACCGGCUGACAAAGCUCUUACUCCGGCUGUAUAUUAAAAUUAAGACCUCGUGUCAACCCUUUAUGGAGGAAUUCAGGGGCAUUUCAGAGGCUCUGAUAGAGCUAGCCGCUCUGCAUCAGCGGGAGCUUCUCGUCUCUAAAGCCUGCUUCCGCCUGUAGUGUAGUAGAGGUCCGUGUCUUAAUCACCAAUCCUCAGGUUUAAGUAGAAGCCGUUUUCUAGGAGUUCUUCGGUGAGGCUGCUUUUCUUUCGACGCGUUCACGUCCGUUCAAAUCCAGCGUCUGGAAACCCGAUUUUGCGGUGAAGUGGGGCAAAGGAGGCGAUAUUUCCGAGCGUCCUGUUUGCCUGGAGAUGAAGCUGCAGGCAGUUAUGGAGAACUUGCACAGGCAACAGAGGGCCAGGCUGCUUAUGGAGAUGGAGCAGCAACAGCAGGAGACGGGUUCGUUUCAGAGCUCCGCCCCCACAGGCGAGGAGCUGAAGCUAAGCUCCGCCUCAGACACAGAGCGCGCUCAGAUAGCGGCUCUGGCUGCCAUGAGAGCGGCGGCGGCUGGACUGCAGAGACGGUCGAUGGCGGACAGUCCUAGGUCGGAGCACAGCACCGGCGGAGAGGAGGAUGAAAUCGAAGGAGAUGAGGAAGAGGGAGAGGAGCAUUACAAAGACAUGAUGGGGUCUGACGAGGAGGAGCAAAUAAAGCAGAAGUGGGACGAGGAUGACUUCGAGGGUGAGAUGGAGGAAGACUACGAUGAGGACAUGGCCGAGGAAGGCCUGCAGAUGAGCCGCGAGGCCGUCACCCCGGGCCGAGGCAUCCUGCUGCUGCCUCAUCGUCAGCUCCAUCCUCACUCUCAGAUGCUGAAGGCCCGAUCAGCGCUUGAACCUGAACCGCGGGCCUUGGGUUUGCCAGCUCCGCCCUCUCAAGGCCAGCAACACGGCCAGGACCACACCGACUGGACCUACGAAGAGCAGUUCAGGCAGCUUUAUGAACUGGACGGCGAUCCCAAGAGGAAAGAGUUCCUGGAUGAUCUGUUCAGCUUCAUGCAGAAGAGAGGAACUCCAGUGAACAGGAUCCCCAUCAUGGCCAAGCAGGUGCUGGAUCUGUAUAUGCUCUACCAGCUGGUGACUGAGAAGGGCGGCCUGGUGGAGGUAAUCAAUAAAAAGUUAUGGAGGGAGAUCACCAAAGGUCUGAACCUGCCCACCUCAAUCACCAGCGCUGCCUUCACUCUCAGAACACAAUACAUGAAGUACCUUUAUCCAUAUGAAUGUGAAAAGCGGGGUCUCAGCAACCCCAACGAGCUCCAGGCUGCCAUAGACAGUAACCGGCGGGAGGGGCGACGCCAGCCUUUUGGCGGUUCCCUUUUCACCUACUCGCCCAAUGGAGCUCCCACAAUGCUCUCCUCCCCAAAGAUCUCUCUGCCCAGCAUUGGUAUGGCUGUGGGAACCAGCACUACCUCACUUUCCUCCGUUCAAAAGGUCAAGAAGGAAGAUGAUGUCAGUCAGUCUCUGACUGCACAGGGCAGCAGACUACCUGGCAAUCUGGCUGCUCAGUCAGUGGCAGCAGCUCAGGCAGUGGCGGUGCAGGCUGCCAUGGCCGCUCAGGUCGCUGCACUCGAGCAGCUGAGGGAAAAGCUGGAUUCCGGCGAGCCGCCCGAGAAGAAGAUGGCGCUGCCCUCAGAGGACCACCAGCGGCUCCUGCAGAGGGCACUGCAGCAGAACCUGCUAGCUAUGAGCACCCAGAUGCCUAUGAACAUCCGCAUCAACAGUCAAGAAAGCAGACAGGAUUCUGCAGUCAACCUCACCACGAAUGGCCUGAAUAGCAUCAGUAUGUCAGUGGAACUCAACGGGGUCGUCUACACUGGUGUUCUCUUUGCUCAAGCUACUGGUCUACACUCCUCAGGAGCAGCUAACAAAACGGCUGGAGAGCACAGUAACUCUCAGCAGCCUCCUUCCUCUCAGACACCUACCUCGUCCAGCUCCACCAAUCCUUCACCCUAAACCCCUCAGAACAUCCCCGUCUCAAAGCUAGCUAAAGCCAAAAAUCAACCUCAUUUUCUAGAGCCUAUGCCAAAAAAAAUCCCCCACAAACUAUCAGGAAUAAGUUUCCAGACCACUUGAUGUACACUAUCUCAGGUUCUCUCUUCUUUUAUUCACUCUUUUGUUCAGUAGCCAAAAAUGAACUAAAAUAUUAACGCAACAAAAGAGUUUAUGGUUAAAACAGACCUAGAAUGACUAUAUAUCAUUAUAUUAUACACAUACAUGCAAAACCUGUGAAUAAUCUAUCUUUUCUGAGUGCAAAAUACUUGGAAUUAGUAGAGCAGUAGAAUCUAGAAAUGGUAGCACACUGUUUACACACCUGACUGACAAUGAAGCUUGUUGGAAAACAAGAAAAAUAUUUUAUGAAUGAAAAUUUAUUAUAUAUGGUAAAAUUGCAUCAUGUAUGAUAAAAAAAAACAAACAAACGCAAAUAAGGUUCUAAACUAUACAUGCAUGGUCCAUGUAUAUCUAGAGUGCCUUGCCGAACACCUCUUCAACAGUCGUCGUCAUCGUCGUACUCCAUCCCCCUUGCCCCCCCUAGGUGGCGUGAACAAGAAAAGAGACUCCCUCAAACCCCAACAAUGACGACAAAUCCAUGCAAAUUCAUGCCUGUUUUCUGAUCCCGCAUGCCGAGUACCUCACCACUUGGCAUUUUGGAAAGAAUGUUUGAAACCAUUUUCCACUCUUCAGAAACGAAAUGCCAAUUAUUUAAAAUUAUUAAAAUAAGUCGUCUCAUGGAUUAGACACAUUACUUAGCGGGGCGGAAGUUAGUACUGCAUUAUGAACAUCAUGGAGGAUAUAUUUUUGCAAACCAGCGUAUACAUGUUUGAGAUUUGAAAGGUGUUUAUGUAGUGACCUAGACAAGUUAAGAAAUAAAUAAAUCAAUAAAAAGUUUUCAGUAAUUCAUAUUAAAUAUAGGAAAUGCAAAUGAGUGUAAAGGAUCCCGUCUGCUAUUAAUCGCUUUGUUUAGCUAAUGAGUCAAUAUUCAGGAAACAGCUCUGUUAGAAGGAACUUAUUUGUUCCUCUGAAAUUAAUAUAUUAUAUUUUAAGCAAAACCACAAAGUCCUUGAAUACAAUGGUGUGUUUCUACAAGAUAUUUGUUAUUGAGACACUUAAGAAACUUGCCAAAUUCACAUAAUAUAUUCGUUGUUAUUAUGCAGAUUUGUUAUGAUGAAGAAUUCUAUAUAUUUCCAUAAUUUUCUCACUGAACACAGAAAUUCUAAGCACACAUCAUUUGGCUCUCUUUAUCUUGGCUGAAAUCAUCAUAAUUGAGAACAUACUCCAGUUUGGGGAUUAUUUUUUUUUCUCAUCUCACUUGCACAAUAGAUGUUAAAAAUAUCAUCCUUAGGCCAGUUGGGUUCAGCGGUUCACUGUCAGUGUGUGACCAGGAUGUGGUGUAUUUCAAUCUGUAGUGUAUUUUGCAUUCAUUUGGCGGACAAUUAAACGUCACUGGGCUAGCACUGAAAUGAAUGUUUUUAUCCUAUAACGAACAGCUUUGCCCUGAACCUUGGUUACAGCUAAUCUUUUUAUUGUUGUGAAUUGUCGAGUGCAUUAUACAGACUGAUGGAGGUGAUGUGUCAAUCAGAAAACAAUACGUGUACACAUUUUCUUCCAGGAUUAUGCAUUAUUCUGAUUUAAGUGUUGUCAUUUUUCACUGGACUUUGGGGGACGUUAUCUAGUCAUUUAUGUGGUUGUGAUGCUUUUUGUUGUACUAACUUUAGUGUUACACUAUAUUCAGGGUCAGGUUGCUUUUUUUUCUAUUCAGGUAUAAAAUGGCAUGGCUAGCUUUCUACCACAAUGAAAUAGGGAAAUGUAACGGUUCCUAUAAGUAGCGUUUAAGCUUUCAAGACAUACUAAAGCUGGAAAAGUUCAGUGGUGGAGAAAAUGCCAUGUUAUACGAUGUCCAAAACCUCAAAACAGACAAUUUUUUAUUUAUUUUUUGUCCUUGAGCUUUUGACGGUGUUUUCUCUCACUCUUUUUCAGCCUUAGCUCUGUCGUGUCUAAAACAUCGGCUCGUUUCUUCUUUGAUGGUAAGUCACUGGCAUAUAGGUUACUUCAGCAUGUGUGCAGGACGAAGGUUUCUAUUAUUUAUUAUAAAUAAAAAGUUAUUCAUUACCAGGAAGUCACAACAUACCUCAUAGCUUUCUAGGCAUGUUAUUAUUAGACUCACUCUAUCUACCUCAAACAUUCAUUUUACUCAGCUUGUGCCCUCGGGCAACACCAUGAAAUCACAAACCACUUUACACACACAAAAAAACAAACAGGUGUUAUUGUAUACAGAAGUUUUGUGGUUAGAUUUCAUUUGUAGCGCCGGUUUGAAAUAAAUAAAGGUUAAAAUCACACUUGAUGUACAAUCUGUGCAUAAAUCUUGGAGAGCUUUAUGAGGCUUUGUAAUGUUUCAUAACCACAUGUAGAUGUCUUGUCUAGGGCAUAUAGCUCUAUAAAUUCUAACUUGUGCUUUGUCCUUCCUCUGCUGUACUGUAUCUCUGGUUAAGGUGGCAAUUAACAGGUAACAUGCUGCCUUCUAGUGGAUAGAGUGCCCUCCAUGCCAUGUGAUAUCAUUUAUUCUUUUAUCAACAUAAAAAACUCCCUGUUUCUUGUGUUAAUUUACUAAAGCGCUGGGAUUUUUGGAUUGAACGUGUUCCUGAUCCUUUUGAGGGACACAUGAGAAAAUCUGUCUUGUAUUUUGAGCUUGAAAAUGUUGGCUAUAGCACCAUCAAUAUGUAUUAGAGUAGUGUUUUGUUAUGUAUACUCAACCAUUUAGGAUCAAGGGUAGGAAGAAGAAGAAAAAAAAAAAGACAGCUAUGGUUAUUUUACCUUUGCUCCAGUCACCAUCUAAAAUGAGCUAAAGAUAGUGUAACACAUAGUGUGAUUUAAAAAAAAAAAAAAAAAAUUGUAAGAAGGUUUUUUGGGGGGUUUUUUUGUGUUGUUUUGUUUUUUUGGAACAUCAUUGAAAUGUAGAAAAGUACCCAAAACUGAAAGAUCACACUGGCAAUUAUGACUUCACUGUACUGUAUAUUGCAAAGACAACCAGAACAGCUCACGCUUAUUAUAGGAUGCCUUAUGCUUUGACAAUUAUUAUUACUGUUAAUUUUUUCUUUCCAUAGAAUUUAAUGUUACACUAAGAGUGUUGUGGUUUUUACAGCUAGACAUUGUUUAAAAUUUUGGGGGUUUUAAGAUUUAAAAAAAACAUGGCCAUGGUUAUAUUUUUAAGGUUCCAAGAGCUAUGUCCAAAAGGCAUAAGAUUUUCUAAUUGGCCACACUUGUGCAAGCGUGCAGUUUCUUUUCCGGAAAGCUUAUCUUGCAACAAGUGCUUUAUGUUCUAAUGAGAUGUGACCAUUAGAAAUGCUGGAUCUGUACCAGCUGUGGAAGAGUUAAAUGUAUUUUCAUACACGUACAACUAUUUUUUGUUUUGUUUGUUUGUUUUAAACAAGGCAUUUGACAUCAUCUCAGGAAAUACACGUCUACCUCCACAUCUAUAGAUAUGUUCAUUUUUAGGGAUUUUGGUACAUUUAGUACACAAAAAUAUAAUUCUACCUUUUAUAAUGGUGUUACAGAAUGUUGCUUGUAUCACUGCUAGAGUGUGUGUGUGUGUGUGUGUGUGUGUGUGUGUGUGUGUGUGUGUGUGUGUGUGUGUGUGGAGAUAGCUUUUCUUUACGGGAAGAACAUUUCUUUUCGUUAUUGUUUAAUUUUUUUUUUUUAAUAAAACCUUAACAAUGAAACUUAUUCCACUCAAAUAAGUUACUCAAUACUAGAAGUAGAAGUAUGAGCAUUGCUGGGAAUUGCCUAAAUUAAUAAUUUAAAUAUGUGUUUAAUGUGUUCUUUGAAAAUGAGUGGCUUUUUUGCUGUAUCUUGAGGGAUCGUGUACGACAGCUUCCUGACACCUUUGACUUAUUUCUCUUAUUUAAUCCUAAAUGUGUUUGUGUGAAUUAAUAUUAUUUGAAAUAUGAAUAUAAUAAAUAUAUCUUUUUUUUUUUUGCUUCAAAGAAUGUCUACAGAAGAGCUGUUUAUUUGCUUAACAGAUGGAGUUUGAAAUUAUGCAUACAUUAGAUGGCAUCCUGACUGUUUUAUUUAUAUAUAUAUAUAUAUAUAUAUAUAUAUAUAUAUAUAUAUAUAUAUAUAUAUAUAUAUAUAUAUAUAUAUAUAUAUUCAUUCUGAAUGUGAAAGAUUAAUAUACUGCUUUAACAAAAAAGUUGUUUCAGGUUAAGGCAAAAAUAAUUUCACAAAUGAAAUGGAUUAUUUCUAAUAACAUCAGAUAUAUGCAGUGCAUGUUUGAAGGGUGUUUUUUUGUGCUAAGCUUUGUCUUGCUUGCUAUACAUUUGUUGCUUUCAGUUGUAAAAGAAUUAUUGUAGUUUUCCCCUCUUUUUUUGUUUUUGUUUUUAGACGUUUACAUUUUUAUAACUGUCUUUUGUGUAAUAGUUAUAACUUCAAAGUUCCAACUGUAAACAUAUGGAAAAUUAUAAUAAAUUCAAAUCUGGUUUA